CACCUCCAAACAUGGCUCCUGGCUGCGGUGUAUGGGGAUUGCUGUGCUGCUGAAUGACUGGGAUGGAGGCUCAGCCCUGACUAUUUACAUUGGGUGGACUCCCAGGCCAAGCCUCCUCCCCCAUCACACAGCUAGACAAGCAGCAGCUCAGCUGGGACCAGUGACAGCACACAGGCUCAGCCACCGGUUGCUAAAUCCCUUGUGAAGACAUGGCUGGGAAGGCUCACAGACUCAGCGGGGAAGAACGAGAUCAGCUCUUACCUAACCUGAGGGCAGUUGGAUGGAAUGAGCUGGAUGGCCGAGAUGCUAUUUACAAAGAAUUUCAUUUCAAGGAUUUUAAUCGGGCCUUUGGAUUUAUGACCCGGGUUGCACUACAGGCUGAAAAAUUAGAUCACCAUCCGGAAUGGUUUAAUGUCUAUAACAAGGUUCAUAUCACGUUGAGCACUCAUGAAUGUGGCGGCUUAUCAGAAAGAGACAUCAAUCUGGCCAGCUUUAUUGAACAGGUUGCCAAUACCCUGUCCUAACAAUAGGUGGCAGCAUUGCCAUGCAGUCGGAUAUCCAGAUAAUUAAACUAGUCUGUGUUUUAUUGGUGAUGUGAAUGAUAGGAAUGGUCAUUGGUUUCCUGAGCCUUCAGCUGUUAGCCUUCUCCAAGUAAUUCAAAGAAGAGAAUCGAGCAAAGGAAGAAACUCUGCCACAGGCCUCCUGUCAUUGCUCUAAAUCCUUCUUGUACUCGGGUCCUCAUUUGUAAUAAUUUCCUACAGUAGUUAUAUGUUUGAAUCCAUCAACAGUAUUAGACAUUUUUAUCAAAUAAAUGAUGCCCUCUUGUUUUUAUCCAA